UGCAGCUCUUGUUGUAGUAAGUAAAAACUUAAAAUGAGAGGAAGCCAGCACUCCCAAAGGGAAGUGCUGACAUAUUCGGUGAUGGUAGGUACGCAAUUCUCCACAGUUGGGAUAAACACACUCUUCAAAGCCGCAACAAUGGAGGGCAUGAGCCCUUACGUCUCUGUCGCUUAUAGCUAUGGAAUCGCCUCUCUUGUCCUUCUCCUUCCUACUCUCUUUUCCCACAGAGCUGUUGACGUUCCUCCCUUGACCAUACCAAUCUUGUGCAGAAUCGGUCUUCUGGCACUCACAGGUUCGUCCCGGUUGACAGGCUUCACCGGCCUGUAUUACAGUUCCCCAACCCUGUCGUCGGCCAUUGGCAACCUCUGUCCAGCUUUGACAUUCAUACUUGCUGUCAUGUUUGGGAUGGAGAAAGUUGUGAUGGGAACAAGGUCCAGCCAGGCCAAAAUCUUGGGUACAACUGUGUCAAUAGCAGGCGCAUUUGUCAUAACACUUUACCAAGGUCCGCCAAUUUGUAUCACCCGGUCUGGAUCAUCAUCUCGACUCGGCCAUUCUCUUGUUCAUUCCGCAGCAGCACAAAACUGGGUUCUUGGUGGCAGUUUAAUCACUCUUCAGUAUGCGCUGGUUACUUUGUGGGCGUUUCUCAUGACACAGAUAAUGAGAGAUUACCCUUCGGAGCUUACAGUAAUCUUCAUCUACAACACAUUUGUAAGCAUCAUAGGUGCAGUUGUUGCUCUGAUUGCCGAAGGAACAUCGUCGGGUGCUUGGAUAAUGAGCUCAAACACGGCACUAGCCUCAGUCAUUUGCACCGUAAGUGCCAGGAGAAAACGAUCAAACCAUGUGAACGGGAAAACAGAGUAUGUACUCGAAUGGAGGAUUAUAGAUUCUGACCUUCAGCCGAUUACGGCUUGAACAAUUGUACUAAAAAUAACAGGGAUUAUUUGGAUCGUGCUUGAACAAUGCCGCUGAAGCAUGGGUGCUGCCGAUAAAAGGACCCGUUUUUGCUAACAUGUUCACUCCGUUUGGAAUGGUGAUCGCUGUCGCCAUGGGUGUAGCGCUGCUAGGUGAUACUCUGCAUCUUGGAAGUCUCCUCGGAGGGACAACCAUAUCCAUCGGCUUCUACAUGUUCAUGUGGGGAAAGGUGAAAGACCAAAACGAUGACGGCGGCGCAAAAACAGAGCAGAAUGCCGAUGACAAUAGUAGCAGCAGCAAUACAGAUAAGGUUCCUUUACUAUAAGGUAGGAAACAGAGGCAGUUUAUGGCGGACUUAAGUUUGCUUGAAUUCCAACUUUUUCAUUCCAGUUUGGA